UGUUCGUAUUCCCAUCCUCCACGUUCCCUCCCCUUAAAAAUUAAAAAUAUAAACCUUUCUUUUUUUUUUCUUCUUCUUUUUUUUUCUCUCUCUUAUUUCUCUAUACAUCACUCCUUUCCUUUUUUCACUUUUUUUUUUCCCUUAAAAAAAAAAUACAAUUCAUUCCUUAAACAAAAAUAUGUUGUUCAAUAAUAAUACAGACACAUUAACAGUUGCCGCAGUGGUCCAAUUGCCUACUGAUAAAACUAGACGCAAAAGACUCAAGGUCGUAAGUGCUUGCAGUGAAUGCCGUCGGAAGAAAACCAAAUGUAAUGGAGAAAAGCCCUGUGCUGGAUGUAUCAAAACCAGUAUGGAUUGCAAGUACUCAAACUCCCCGAAAACAAAAGUAAACAACACUACAAAUAAUCGUCCCAUCACAAGCACCAACCCCACUAAUAAUACCACCAACCCCACUACCACCACCAAUAUCUCCAACAACAACAAUAACUUUCAACGUAAUAUACAUGUCGAAAGCAGUAAUUCCACCAACUCGAAUGCUUCUGCUACCAUUCAUGCUAUUGAAAAUCGUCUAAGUGUCAUUGAGGAUAUCUUGAAAAUUUUGUUAUUGUCAACUAAUCAAACGGAAGGGAGAAACUCCGCCUUCCUCCCUCAACACCAACAACAACAACAGCAACAACAACAACAACAACGGAAUAUGCAGGUUCAUUCCGGUCCGUAUUACGGCGAAAUGUAUCAUUCGUCAUCCUCUUUACCACCACCACAGCCACAACAUCAGCAUCAGCAGCAUCAGCAGCAAGAGUAUUAUCGGUCAUUGAAUAAAAGAAGACAUAGUGAUGAUGAUGAUGAUGAUAGCUAUUACAGCGCUACUUCACCUAUUAUUGUUCCACAACAAUCAUCCGAUGUAUUGGUCCGAGGAGCACAACCCGUGACAUACAAUCACAAUGUACGACUCCCACCUCCAUUAAAUUACCAACCUACUUUGUCCGAAUCUUCCUCUACUUCCACCACCUCCUCUAUCUGUUCAUCUACAUCUUCGCCAAAGAUCAACACUAUCCAAACAUUAUUAAACAAUGUCAAGCAGGAAGAAUUCAAGUAUACUAGACCUUCUGCCUUUUCUACCGUUGAAGUCGCCAAUCGAUCUUAUUAGUUAUACCCAUCGUUUCUAUAUUUUAUUAUUAUUUAUAUAUAUAUAUCUCUUUUUCCCACACAAAAAAAAAUUGUGAAUAAAUUCCU